AUGCUUCAAUUCGUCUACAGCGCUUGUGAUGAAAAUGAAUGGUUCGAGACUUGGCCUGGUCGCUCAUCACUUGUUGCAGUGCGCUCACAUCUUGACUACGCCUGCUUUCCCGAGCCGGAGGGAGACAACUUUCUCUACACCGAAGUGGCCAAAGUACUGCAGCCAGAAGUCGUCAUGAUGAUGUGCUCGGGUUUGGUAGAGGAGUUCCUCGCCAACGUGCCAAGCUUCAUUGACGACGUCAAGCUAUCCGACGAUCUACACAUACAAAUCGUCGACGAAGUUGCCAACUUGCGCUACAUCCGGCGCCAUCAAUAUGCAUGCUUUGUCCGCGAACGGCAUUGCCUGUUUCUGUGGGCAGACGACGCUCGCAAGCUCAUUCCCUUUGCCUCUACCGUUGAAGAAUUGCUCGUCAACCGCAUGUGGAGAACUAAAGACGAGAAGGACUCUUGGCGCAAGGAGCCCGUCGAGAUUGAUCGCGAGAAUGCCAAUCUAGAUGGCGCGCGCCCCGUUCAGCUGCUUCUUCCAUUCAUGGUCACUUGCGCUGUGCUCAUCAACUUUUUAGUGCUCAUGCUGGCAACACGCAACAUUGUCAAGAUUUCCAUCGAGACAAAGACCUACUACCGGUUCCUCUUCCUACUCUACACGCCACUACAAUUUGUCUUUACAGGUUUCUUUACGCUCAUGCUGGUCGUGGCCGUACUCAACUGUGUCGGACCCAUUGGCCACAUGUUUGAAAACUCUCGUCACUACUCCUGCAAGCCGCCCAUCAGAAUGAAGGACAACUUGCCGCAUGUCACCAUUCAAUGUCCCGUCUACAAGGAGGAUCUGGCAGAUGUCAUCAUUCCAACAGUCGAGUCUCUGAAGAUUGCCAUCUCUACUUACGAAAAGCAAGGUGGUAGUGCGAGUAUCUUCAUCAACGAUGAUGGUAUGCAGCUCAUUUCAGAGGAAGAGCGUCGUGUGCGUCGCGCAUUCUACGAGCAAAACGAGAUUGGUUGGGUCGCACGACCCGGUCAUGGUGUUGGUGGAUUUGUGCGUGCCGGUCGUUUCAAGAAGGCCUCCAACAUGAACUUCUCCAUGAACGUCUCACUUCGCGUUGAAGAGAAGCUUGAACUCGUUGAGCGUGGUGCCGACUGGACAGACGACGAAGAGACGGUUGUCUACAAGAAGGCCCUCGAAGAGGUGUUAGCAGACAUCAAAGCGACGACUGGUCACCAAGGUUGGGCAGGUGGCAACAUUCGCAUGGGUGAGUUGAUUCUCAUUGUCGACUCCGACACCCGUGUUCCACAAGACUGUUUCCUCGAUGCUGUCUCUGAGUUCCACAACGCACCGCAAGUUGCCAUUUUGCAGCACGACUGCGGUGUCAUGCAAGUCAGUUGGGACUUUUGGGAGAACGCCAUUACCUACUUUACUCGCUGCAUUUACUUUUCGCUUCAGUACGCGACAGCGGCGGGCGAUACAGCUGCUUUUGUUGGCCACAAUGCAUUCUUGCGUUGGUCAGCGCUGCAACAAGUCGCUUACUGGGAUGAUGUUGACGGCCGCCAAAAGUGGUGGUCUGAGGAGCACGUCUCUGAAGAUUUCGAAAUGAGUCUCAAGCUUCAAGGUCUGGGCUACAUUUCUCGCUACGCGACCUACAGUAACAAGGGCUUCCAGGAAGGUGUGUCACUUACUGUCUUUGACGAACUUGCUCGAUGGUCCAAGUACGCUUAUGGCUGUUCUGAGCUCGUCUUCAACCCUUUCAAAGACUGGAUUCGUCACGGUCCCUUUACCACGAUCUUCAAGACAUUCUUGAAGUCUGACCUCAACUCUUACUCAAAGGUGACUAUGAUUUUCUACAUUGGCACAUACUAUGCCAUUGCGCUCUGGCCGCUACUGAUUGUCAACCUGUUUGCAGUCGGUUGGGGUACAUGGAAGCUGGAGAAGGGCUGGGGCUUUUACAACGAAGGUUUUGGAAUCUUUAUAUCCGUGCUCAUCGUCUUCAACAUCAUCUCACCCAUCACAAACGCUCUCGUCCGUUACCGUGCUCGUGGCGGCAAGUUCUUUGAGAUGCUCUACGACAACUUCAAAUGGUCGUUCUUGCUCAUUGUCUUCCUCGGUGGCCUGUCCAUGCACCUCUCCCACGCACUUGUGGCUCACAUGUGCAGCAUGAAGAUGGAAUGGGGAGCCACGGCUAAAUCACUAGAGGCCGGAGACUUCAAAUCAGAGCUGCCCAAGAUUUGGAAGGCAUUCAAGGGCAUCUACUUUGUCAUGGCAAUCCUAGCAGCCCUCCAGAUUGUUUUGGCAGUCGUUGUGCCUGUCAAGUAUCGCAUCUUGAGCAUCACCGCCAACGGACCUCUUAUCUUCCUCAUGCUGAUGCAUUCAAUUAUGCCUCUGAUUUUGUCACCCAAUUCGUACGCGUCAGAGUGGCACGCAGACGCAAAGGCGACCGUUCACGACAUGUCUACCUGGUUUACUAUGCAAGUCAACAGUGUCAAGGCGAAAUUGGUUGAUCUCAACCUUAUUUCGCUCGGUGAGCGUGAUCAAUAUAGGCGGUUAUAG